UUGAUUGAUUCUAAAAAUACAAUAUUUUAGUGACUGUUUACAAUUGUACAAUAUUGGCCAAAGACUGCAGUCAAUGUAAAGCACUAAAUAAAACACGAUUUUAUUGUGACUGGUGCACCAACACCAACAAGUGCGAAUAUAAAGAUCAAAACUGCUCAUCGACAGUAUGUCCGGCACCUACUGUGACAAAAGUUAUUCCAAGGGAUGGUCCUGUAGAUGGAGGAACAAGAAUCACCGUUUAUGGAUUAAAUCUCGGCUCAACCCUAUUGGACAAUACAAGCGCUGAAAUUGCAAACAUUCCUUGCGAAAUAAAUGACGAUAUGUCGCAUUUAAAUGACUCGAAGGACCAGAGCGGUAUUUUUCAAACAAAUGUUCGAAACAGAAUAAUAUGCAUAACUGGAUCAUCCCAAAACGAGACAUCAGGAGGCGUCACAGUGUCAGUUAAUGGAAAGAUAUCCAACUCCGAUGUUAUGUUUUAUUACCGAGUUCCAACUGCGACAGGGAUUGAACCAAGUUUCGGACCAGAGGCAGGUGGCACACGGGUUACUAUAUUUGGUGAAAAUCUAGGAAUUGGAAAUAGAAAUGUUCAUGUAACUAUUGGUGGUUCCAAAUGCUCAGGACCUAAAGUAAAACAGGCACUGACUUUAGGAAAUGUAACACCAACAAAAUUUACUAUCGUUUGUACAGUUGGUAAAAAAGAAAAACAUGCAAUCAACGGUGUAUCUGUCAAGAUUGAUCGCAGUGAAAUUAUCAUACAAUAUGCAUUUACAUAUAUCGCCGACCCGAUUAUUCAUCCGUUAUCACCACAGAAAGCAUUCCUAAGUGGAGGAACUAAAAUUACAGUUGAAGGGGUACAGUUAACCAACGCUCAUAGUUCCAGAUUAAUAUUACGUUACAAAGAAGAAAUUGAGACUGGCGAUUGCAUUAUACUGUCAGGAAGACUAAUCACUUGUCAAACCCCAGAGGCACCUGAAAGUGUUAGAAAAGAGUUGUUGAAAUUUGACAAUACAACUGAUCCAUUUUCAAAAAAUGUUACAGUCGAGGGCUUAUUUUAUUUGGAUAAUAUUAAUAAAAGUGUUAAAAUAUGUUACUGUCCAGAUCCAAUUAUAAAUGAUCUAACUGACGAAGACCAUGCCGUAAAAUUUGAAGCAAACACAAGACGUCUGAAUAUUUCUGGUUAUAUGCUGACCCAUGUUGCAACAAAAUUUGAUAUAAAUGUUACAGUCGGCGUGGCAUCAUGUGCCAUAGUGGAGCUGAACAUGACGUGUAUAACUUGCAUUGCCCCUAAAUACGAACCAAGGAGUGGAAUACCAGAUGCAACACGGUCGGAAGUUAAUGUAACCAUUGGAAACAUACAAAAGAUGAUAGGAUAUGUUGAGUAUACAGAAAAACCACUGGGUGCGAUCGGAAGUUCUUUUAACACCUCUCUUACAUUGUCAGCAGCUGGAGCGGGUGCUGCGCUCAUUUUAAUCAUUGCAACGGCUGUACUUUUGAUAUGGCGACGAAACAGAAAAACAAAGUCAAGAUUACGAAAUAAUGUAAACCAGAACAGUACGAAGGAAGAAAUCACCUGUGAGUUACGAUUGAACAGAAUUGCGGGUUCGUCGUGUGAGAUGAACUACUCCGGGGUCUACAAUGAACCCUAUGAAUCUGACCACUAUGACACGAUUGCAGCAGACGACAUUCCAAUGGAUAGAUGCGAAACUGAUAAUAAUUCUCUCAAUUGUCCGCGCCAGAGCGUGUCGGAGGCAAGCAAUUCAAACAGUGAACAAUCCCAACAUUAUUUAAGCCCGACGAACCAUAUUACUGUAGAAGUUCAGCUAGAAGAGACAAAAGCAACGAAUGUUAAAUCCGAACCCGAACUAACUGGCGAUCAGUUAUAUUUACAUGUUAUUAACGAUAGUGACCAUUCAAAUUAGCUUCUUGAAUUAAAAGUAUCGGACAAGCAGGCAAAAUGAUUGAAUACGAAUACGCAACGCAAGCUUAAAUUGUUUGGGUUUUUAUUGUGUUUCCUGUUUUUUUGUUUUUUUGUUAUUUUAUUACUUGUUUGCUGUUUUUGCGACUUUUAGUAUCAGAUUUUUCUAGUUUAAGAUACGAUCAAAUAUGAUAUUUGAAAAUACUGAUAUUUUUAAACUCUACACACUAUAGUUAGACAAUGUCUGUAUGAAAUCAUGUUGACUAGCAGUUUUUAUGUAAGGACACAAUCAAUAUGACCAGUAAUAGCUAGAGAAUGCAACUUCCCAAAUAUAGUUUCUUUUUCUUCUCCACAUUAAAUAUAUUCAGUAAAGAUUUGCUAGAUUUCAAUUUUCUGCAAUAACAUUAUUUUACCUAUAUAUCUAUAUACCACAUCUAAAAGAAAAAGGCAAGGAAUAUUUUUAUUACAAGUAAUGUUGCUGUAUUUAUAUUGACAUUAUAUAUGCACGUAUAGUUAGUAUGUAAAUAGUUUGUACCGAAAGAAAAUUGUGCUUGAAUCAUACUUUUGUACAUAAAAGGAUAUCCCACUUGAUGUGAAAUGUGUAUACAUGUUUAUAACAAUGUAAAUACUUAUUUC